AAUAUGCUACACAACCAUUUCCCACUAUUUCCUCCCAAAUUCCCUUGGUACUUGUUAGAAGAUGGCUUCUCUCGACAGCGACGUGACUAUGGUUCCGGCCGGUGAGGGCUCCUCCGGCGCCGGGCCAUCCUCCAUCAAUUCGACACCUGGGACGCCGUUAUCCAGUAAGAAAUCCAAGCGAUUUGAGAUCAAGAAGUGGAACGCUGUUUCUCUUUGGGCUUGGGAUAUUGUGGUGGAUAACUGUGCGAUUUGCAGGAACCAUAUUAUGGAUCUCUGCAUAGAAUGUCAGGCUAAUCAAGCUAGUGCCACAAGCGAGGAGUGUACUGUUGCUUGGGGUAUGUGGCUUCUCCAAAACCCUAUAGUUUAGAAAUAUCCUCCUGUGGAUCUUAUUACAUUAACCUGUUGUCUUAUGCCUAUUGGUUUUUACUAUGAUUGGAUUUGAUGGUAUUCAAAUUAAGUAUAGCAUCCUAGUCUCUACAAGGACAGUUUAGUU